ACUGGCUUUGAGUUGUCAAAAGCUCUCAGCUUUCAGGGCUAAAUCCAUUUUCAAUUCUGGAAUCUCCCAUUGUUGUCCAUUUAUCUUGUCCCUUCAAAAUCUGUACCAUUCUUCAUCAAUAUCAUGCAUACAAGAACAAAGAACAGAAGGAGAAUCUGUAACAACAAACUAUGGGUUUCUAACACUUUCCGACCACCGGAAUCAUGAAAUUUCUGCUUUUCCUCAAAAGGGUUUUUCGGAAAUCACAUCUUUUAAUACAGGAAGGGCAGUUCAUGGUUUUUGUUUCAAGAAUGGUAUCCAUUUAAACCCCAUCCAAUCAAAUACAUUGAUCAAUAUGUACUCUAAAUUUAACAGCUUAAAAGCUGCCAAACAUGUGUUUGAUCAAAUUCCCGAAAGAAAUCAAGCCUCUUGGAAUACUAUAGUGUCUGGGUGUGUUAGAGCUGGUUUGCAUAUUGAAGGGUUUGAGUUAUUGAGAGAAAUGCUGGUUCAAGGAGUUGAACCGAACAUUUUUGUGUUUUCAAGUCUUAUAAGCGCUUGCAACAAGUCUGAUUCAUUGUUCUUAGAAGGAAUUCAAAUUCAUGGUUUUGCUGAGAAAGCUGGUUUUCUUGCUGAUGUUUUUGUGAGUAGUGCUCUACUUCACUUUUAUGGCACUUAUGGAUAUAUGACUGCAGCUCGUAAAUUUUUUGAGGAAAUGCCGGAACGAAAUGUAGUUUCUUGGACUUCUUUAAUGAUGGACUACUCUAAUAAUGGUGACCCAGAGGAGGCUAUUGAAAUUUAUUGCAGAAUGAGGGGUGCAGGAGUUAGUUGCAAUCAAAAUUCUUUUGCAACAGUGAUUAGUUCAUGUGGGACACUUGAGAAUGAGUUAUUGGGUCGUCAAGUUCUUGCCCAUGUCCUGGUUUCUGGUUUCGGGUCUAAUGUUUCUGUUUCAAACGCUCUUAUACACAUGUUUGGUAGUUGUGGUGAUGUAAAGAAUGCUGAGUAUGUUUUCGACCGGAUGCCUGAGCGAGAUACAAUCUCAUGGAACUCAAUCAUAUCUGCAUAUUCUCAGAAUGGACUUUGUGAGGAAUCACUAAGAAUUUUCAAGAAAAUGCGUCUAGCUAACUCGAAACCAAAUUCUACAGCACUGUCUUGUUUGAUUUCUUCUUGCAGUACUGUGGAUAAUCUUAGAUGGGGAAUGGGAAUCCAUGGUUUAGUUGUUAAAAUCGGAUUGGAUUCAAUUGUUUGUGUUGGCAAUACCCUUAUUACUCUCUAUUCUGAGUCUGGAAGGUUUGAAGAUUCAAAGUUGUCGUUUCUUGAAAUGUCUGACAAGGAUUUGAUUUCAUGGCACUCGAUGAUGGUUUCCAGCGUUCAAAAUGGUCAGCAUAGGAAUGCACUAGAACUUCUGGCGAAGCUGUGCAGAACUAGCAAAAUAAGAAAUCACGUAACUUUUGCUAGUGCUUUAGCUGCAUGUUCAGUCCCUGAAGAUUUAUUAGAGGGCAAAACUAUCCAUGCUCAUAUUAUCCGGACAGGUCUUCAUGAGAAUUUGCUUAUAGGCAAUACGCUAGUAACCAUGUAUGGAAAAUGUGGAAUGAUAAGGGCAGGCGAACGAAUUAUACAUAUCAUGCCAGAACGAAAUGAGGUUACAUGGAAUGCACUUAUUGGGGGAUUCGUCGAAAAUGAAGAACCACAAGCAGCAAUAAAAGCUUAUAAGUCAAUGAGGAAAGACGGAAUCUCUGUAAAUUACAUAACUAUAGUGAGUAUUCUUGGUUCUUGGUCGGCACCAAAUGAUCUUCUGAAAGUCGGGAUGUCCAUCCAUGCACACAUAGUUCUCAUGGGAUUUGGACAGGACGAUUACGUGAAGAAUUCUCUUCUUACGAUGUACGCCAAAUGUGGUGACUUCACUUCCAGUAAUUUUAUCUUUAACGAGUUUGCUAGUAAAACUGCUGUCUCGUGGAAUGUUAUGAUUGCUACUAAUGCUCAUCAAGGCAAUGGUGAGGAGGCUUUGCAAUUAUUUGUGAAAAUGCAUCAUUCUGGAAUUGACUUUGAUCAUUUCAGCUUCUCUGGAGGGCUUGCUGCUAGUUCAAACUUGGCAUCACUAGAAGAGGGCCAACAAAUUCACAGCUUGAUUAUCAAGCUUGGUUUUGGUUCAGACCUGCACGUUGCAAAUGCAGCCAUGGACAUGUAUGGAAAAUGUGGUGAUAUGGUUGAUGUACUGAAAAUACUUCCUGAACCAACCAGCCGAUCAAGGUUAUCGUGGAACAUAUUGAUAUCAGGGUUUUCCCGACAUGGUUACUUCAAGGAAGCCAUAGAAACUUUUAACGAAAUGAUUCAAAUGGGAGAGUGGCCAGAUCAUGUCACCUUUGUGUCGCUCCUAUCCGCAUGUAAUCAUGGAGGCCUCAUCGAUGAAGGUCUGUCAUACUUCUCUUCUAUGAUGUCUGAAUUUGGUGUCACACAAGGAAUUGAGCAUUGUGUCUGCAUUAUUGAUCUCCUUGGUCGGUUAGGGAGGCUCAGUGAAGCAGAGAAGUUUAUAACAGAAAUGCCGGUCCCGCCAAAUGAUCUUAUUUGGCGGAGUUUGUUAUCGGCGUGCAGAAACCACAAUAAUCUGGAACUUGGGAAAAAGGCUGCUCAACAUCUUCUGGAGUUGGAUCCAUCAGAUGAUGCAGCAUAUGUUCUUCUAUCUAACGUUUGUGCGGUUAGUGGGAGAUGGGAAGAUGUGGAUGAUUUGAGGAGGAAAAUGAAAUCGAGUAACAUAAAGAAAAAACCUGCUUGCAGUUGGGUUAAGGUGAACAACAAGGUAAGUACAUUUGGAAUGGGAGACAAGUCCCACCCACAGAAAGAUCAGAUUUACGCGAAGUUGGAAGAUUUGAAGCAAAUAAUCAGAGAAACAGGUUAUAUACCAGAUACAAGCUUUUCAUUGCACGAUACGGAUGAAGAGCAAAAAGAACAAAAUCUUUGGAACCACAGCGAGAAGGUUGCCCUUGCAUUUGCGUUGAUUAAUUCAGUUGAUGGUUCAGUUAUCAGAAUAUUUAAGAAUCUCCGUGUUUGCGGCGAUUGUCAUUCUAUGUUUAAACAUGUUAGUCAAGCUGUACAGAGAACGAUUGUGUUGAGGGAUUCAUAUAGGUUUCACCAUUUCAACGGAGGUAAGUGCUCUUGUGGUGACUACUGGUAAUUAGUGCUCUAGAUCAAGAAAAUGGUCAGUAUGAUUAUGAAGUCAAUUGUAUCAAUACUUCUUCGGCUGAAUCACCAAUCAUUUAUAUAAUCGAAAUUUCCGUGCAUCCAUGUAUGUGGUAGCCAAGAAAACUUGAACGCAUGACCUCGUAUUACUUUGCCGAUACUCUGAUGGAUAAUUUUUAUUUUUUUGGAUGUUAUCGCCAUUGAUAAUAACUUGGAAGAAGACUCCAUAGAUACAUAAGACAUUGCCGUGAUCCAAUCCGUUGUAGAAGAGUGGAAAUGCAGGGUACAUUGCUUUCAAGCAUUCCAACCUUUAUUAGAUCUGAUUUUUCUUAACGACCACACUACAUUUAAGCUGGUUAUGGGUAUGUCCGCCAGCUGGGAUUUUUCAGGCUAGUCUGUGGUUAACUUAUCCUGGUAUGUACUAUAAGCCUUAUCUUUACUCCUGUAGUAACUACUGCAAUUGAUGCUGUUCCCACGGAGGAAGAUUUUGUGCGCUACCAGAAUACUGCGUUGAACUGGGCAGCUUCUUCGAAUGAGGAGUCAAAGAAGACUAACAUACGCUGCAGGACUUGCUCUUCUUUCUUCACGUUCCCAGGACUGGAGGGCACACCUGUUUCCACUGGUUUUUGAGAAAACUAUAUGCUAGUACUCAUGAAUGUCCACGUUCUUAUGACAAGCUGUGAUUACAUUGGGUAUAUGGCAAUGGAAGUAUUUGGUUCCCUGGAUGAGGGAGAUCUAUUCAAACAGGCAAGUUUCUUAAACUAAGUGAUGUAGUUUUGUAGAGAUUGUGUUUCAAUGGUAAAUGCUGUUAGUGUAGAAUUUUGGCCUUCAAGAGCUACCUGUAUAUCUUUUUUCCUGUUUCCGUAUAAACUAGGCUAACGAAAGAUAUUUUGGGGAAGAAAGGUAGCAUGUUGAGUUAAAGUUUGCACUUUCCAGU